AUGCGUGGUAGAGGCAGAACUCGUAGGCACCAAAAUCCAGUAUCUCAAGCUCCAAAUACUCCUGAAGAAAGACAUGUUGGAGGCGUCAGUGGGGCUGAUGAAUCAGUGUACCAGUCUCAGGUGCAACCUGACCCCAUCACUGAUAGAAUAGCGGCAACUAUUGCUUCCCUUCUACCAAAUACUGAUAGAGAUAAUUCUAUAGAGAGAGCAAUGAAACUUGGAGCAAAAUUUUUUAUGGGGACAUCUAAUCCAGCUGAUGCCGAACUUUGGAUGAAGACUUUGGAAAGCAUAUUUGAUGUGAUAGAAUGCUUCGAGGAUAAAAAAUUAUGCAUUUUUGUAUUUUUAUUGAAAGGGGGAGCUGCUGAUUGGUGGAUUUCGUUUCGAAGCCGGUAUCCAGAUCCUAGUGUUAUCACCUGGACUAUUUUUAAGGAAGCUUUCUUUGAGACAUAUUAUCCACCAUUUUAUCGUGAUGCUAAACAAAACGAAUUUUUAAGAUUGUAUGCGAGUGCUUUGGUUGCUGAGGAGAGAGAUAGGUGUAGAGGGUUCGAGCAAGGGUUGAGAGCUGAAAUUCGGCCUAUGGUUACUGCUCAUGGGCAUCAAAAUUUUGGUUUGUUGGUUGAGGCGGCAUUAAGGGUUGAGACAGCUAUUCGUGAAGGAAAUAAUCAAGGAGCACACGUGACCUUUCGAGGUGGCAGCAGUCAAUCAGGAGCUUCAGGAGAAAGGUUCAAGAAGAGCAGAAAAGGAUUUUGUCCAGGUGCCACUAAAUCUGGCAAUUUUAAAUCUAAGUCUGGGAGAUCUAGCUCUAGUCAGGGAUCAAGACAUAGCCAGAGUUUUGGACAGCAGUCAGUGGGGAGCCAUUCUUUUGUGCAGAGUCCUUCACAGAGAAUUCAAGGAGCGAGGCAGAGUGAAGCUUCUGAUCAUAGGAGCUUUCCACAGUGUCAGUCUUGUGAGAAGUUUCAUCCAGGUGAGUGUCUUCGAGGGGUUGGAGUUUGUUAUCAGUGUGGUCAGAUGGGACACAUAAGGAAGGAUUGUCCAGCCAGAUCUCAGCAGAUUGGAGCAUCUCAGAUAGUAUCUCCUCAGCCAGGGAUCGGUAUGACCAGACAGAACAGGGAUGAAAGAGCUCCAUCAGCAAGGUCGAUGGGGGCCACACAAUCUAAUUCUGCUAAGGGUAGUGCUUCUAGACAGGGAGCCCAGGCAGGUCGGUCCAGGACUCAGGGCAAGGUGUUUGCUAUGACACAGCAGGAGGCAGAGGAGUCACCAGAUAUGGUAGUGG